AAGAAGCUCAGAAGCGUUUAAAGAUGGCGGAAGAGGACAAGAAAUUCAUGAUUCCAGAGCUACGCAAGAAAUCCCGUCGGGAAUAUUUAGCCAAACGAGAAAAGGACAAGAUGGAAGAUUUGGAAGCAGAGAUCAAGGAUGAGGAGUACCUGUUCUCCGAGCAAGAACUCACCGCUCUUGAGCAACAGGAGCUGGAGUACAAAUGCAAAGUGCGCGACUUGGCAAAACAGUACAAACAGGCUGGAGAGCAGGAGAAGAUGGAGAAGCAUAAUCGGUAUUACAUGCCUGAGGAGAGUCGCAGCAAG